CUUUUAGUGCACUCAUCGAACAGACCUACUACGAUCCACUAUCUGACAAGUUAAAUUUGUGGAUUGUGAAUGAGAACGAUAUGACAAAGUAAAUGCUAAAAGUAAAGAGAAAAACAAGCAACCAAAAACGUAAAGUCCUUCCAAACAGCAAUCAGAUUAUUUUGCAACAGACGUAUUUAGAAAAGUAUUCAUAAAAAAAUCAGAAAUCAGAAAAAGUCUUCUUGAAGGCAAACCAAAAUGGUAUUGCGGUCGGGCAUAAUUAUCCCUUUUCAAUUCCGUGACAACAAGAAGCUGCUGAUGAUUGGGGUACCUGAGGAAAACCGUAAUCUGAACAUCUGGGAUUUGAGGAAUGUUGUGAGGGCAGCAUUUGGAAUUUAUAACUUUGAAUUUCGAAACAAGAAGAUUGGAUUCAAUAUUCCCGAUGAGUUGCUAUUGCACUAUUUAGCUCAACGUCAUGAUCUUACCAAUUUCGUUAUAGAAAUUGGUCAAGUUUUUGAUCCUUGCAAAGAAAAUUUCACUCCAAUUGGGAGCUGUGCCACAUGUCAUUGCUCCGUAGUACAAAAGUCUUCUUUGGAUAUGCAUGAAAACACAAGUACGCCCAUUUACCACCCAGCAGUUGGAGGACGCUCCAAUGCCAGUGGCACAAGUUCGCAAAACUCCCAGAACGCCGAUGAACUUCCAGCCAUAAAAAUGCGCAUUCAGCAUGCGAAUAUACCAACGAGUGAAAUAAGUCAUAUGGACAUAGAGCCAAAAAUUGACUAUGACUCCGCGGUAAAUACGACUGGGGCGAACACGGAUACAGAAGAUUCCUCACCACCACCACCAAUGUCAGUUCACGCGAAAUCGAAUGUACAAUAUGCUGUUGAUGAAGAGCAGCAACAACAACACCAGCAAGAAUUACACUUGGAACGUUUACAACACGAAUAUGCUCUACAACAACACCAACAACAACAACAUUUCGAGGCCCUGAUGCAAGAGAAUAAUACUGGAAAUAGCUUUAGACAACGUAAGGAGCGGAUGUCGAAAAAGCAAAAAGAAAUAUAUGUCAAUUUUAUGGAACAGAAUCCCGCUAUAAACGAACAUCGGCGGAGCGACCCCAUAUUAGAUCAAUAUUGGGUAAAGUUAGCUGAUAUUCUAAACUCAGUGCCACAAGGUGCUGUAAAGCACGUAGCGGAGUGGAAACAGACUUUCGAUAACUGGCGGUACCGGGUGUUCUUGUAUGCUCGAUAUAACUCAAAAAUCACAGGCGCGGACGCAUUGAAUCCAAAAAGCUUUAAGCCCCUAACACAAACGGAUAAACGGGCAUACCACUUUUGGAUAAGAAACCCCGAUACAGCUCCACCUGACUUAGAAAAAAUGCGAAAUGUAUUUGUAAAUCUAGAGGAAACUCAACAAGAAUAGGUGUAGUCCUUUUUCUCGCGUGACCGACUAAAAAGAGUAAGAACGAUAGUAAAAUUGAGAAUCCUAUGUAUUUAUGUACUACCUAAGGCUAUUAAAUUUUUGUCAUACAAAUAUAAUAAGAAAUAAUUUAACUAAAAUGUUUACUUUAUUUUUAAGAAAGUAAAAGUUUCAUUUCAGACCAUCAAUGAACACUUUAUGUCACAAAUAGAUAUAGAUUUGUUAAUGGAGCACGUAAAGACCUGCAAUAUACAGGGCGGGGCCCACCAAACUUUGCGCGAAGGUCAAAUUUCUAUUAAACCCAUCAAGUGAGUGUUAAUUCGC